CCAGAGUAACGUCGUCGUUACUUGUUUUCGUUGCUCGUGGUCGGACGACGACGUUUGUUGUUUAUAGUAGAGUAGUAACAAGUUUUUCACGUACCUUGUUUUCCUCAGAUUUUCGUUUUUCCUCUCCUUUUUUUCCCCUUCCCUGUUCAUUUGACGUUCGGUUGCCCGGUUCCGCAGUACACGCGGGUCAGUGUGACUCGAGUCGUCGACGGAGAAGAACACGCACGGAAGAACGGAGGCGUUUCAUCGCGCGAAAGUAGAAGGCCGUGUCCGAUACGUGGUUCUUACCAUUAGAAUCGAGUUCGCGGAGAAGAGUUUACACUGGGAACGUGUAUCGACCACCCUCUUAGUGCAGUGCCGCUGUCUGUUUAAAACAUACACGCUUAAACCCGUAAAUCUAAUCAUUGGUUUCCUGCUUUCCUCGGAAGUGAUCGCAUUGUGCACAGAAGUGGAUGGAGUGUCAUAGUGAAAACACGCAUCACGGAUCGUAGAAUGGCACUGUCUUAUCUUCAAGAGGCCCAAAUCAACGGAGGACUCAUAAGCGGGCAAUUAGACAUGAAACAGGAAUCCGAGAAACAACCGCUGUCGCCGCCACUGAAUAACAACACGUCGCAAGUGAUGUACCCGGGCACGCCGGGUUUGUCUAUGCUCACACCACAGCAGUUAAUUGCGGCGAGCAGAACGGCUGCACUGAUGGCUGCGAGACUUCCCGUCUCGUUACACGCUACCUUGGCGGCCAGUCCAUCGUUUUAUAGACACCAUCAGACGAUGUUCAAUAGCUGGGCUCCACAGACAGCAUCGUCGCCCCCGUCACCGAUUCAUCACUCACCCGGACCCGUGUCACCCGUACUGAGCACGAAGUCUUCGUCUCGGAGAGCGAGUAACACAAACAACAACAAUAAUAACAAUAACAAUAACAUGGUCAGCAGCAACGGUGAACGAAUCACGAGGAGGGGACAAACGAACAAGAGGAAAACGCAGAAGAUCAAAGCCGAGAGCAUACAAACAUCGCUCGAGGGAUCUGCGCCUCUGAGUCCUCCCUCGUCGGUUAGUCCCGAGGCGGGCAAGGACAGCAAGGACAAAGUGUUCAUCUGUACAGUAUGCUCCAGAUCGUUCGGGUACAAGCACGUGUUGCAGAACCACGAACGUACGCACACGGGGGAGAAGCCGUUCGAGUGUCCGGAAUGCCAUAAAAGAUUUACUCGGGAUCAUCAUUUAAAAACUCACAUGCGACUGCACACGGGGGAAAAACCAUAUCACUGUAGCCACUGCGACCGUCAAUUCGUGCAAGUUGCAAAUCUCCGUCGGCAUUUGCGGGUACACACCGGCGAACGGCCGUACGCGUGCGAGCUCUGCGCCGCGAAGUUCAGCGACUCGAAUCAGCUGAAGGCUCACCUGCUGAUCCACAAGGGUGAGAAACCGUUCGAGUGUGAGCACUGUCAAAUGCGAUUCAGGCGGAGGCACCAUCUGAUGCAUCACAAGUGUGGCAGCAGUGUUAACGCUUCCGGCCAGACACCCCGUUCCCAGGUUACUUCGCCGUCGUUGGCGAGCGACGAUCUCGACGAGGACAUCGACAUCGACGUCGAUGUAGAGAUCGAUGACUCCGAGACGACUACGUUGAUCGGCAAACAAAAGACGAACACCACCGCGAUUGGGAUGAGAGCAGCUCACGUCAGUCAGUUGCUGAGUCCUGUGGUCAGCGCAUCCCUGUCGAUUCCAUUGAACCUGUCCGGUAUCCCGAUGAGUAUGGAGCCUGAGCAAACUGAACCUGAAGACCUGUCGAUGUCCACCGGCAUGCAUAGGCCGCAGUCGAACAGCAGCAGUGGCUCGCCGUUGAGUCGCAGUCCGAGCAGUGAUACCGUCCACGAGGACGACGAUGAAGAUCUUGACGAGGCCUGCAGUCCAAAUAGCGUGUUUCUUCAAAACCACCGCAAGUACACGCAUCCAUUCCCGUCCCUUGGGAACCCAGCUGUCGGCCAUGCAUCCUAGUGGAGUCUCCACGGGUACGUAGAUACAGCUACAUAAAAGUCGACCACCAGGAUACCAGAUGACAUAAAAUUUUUUCCUUCAAAACUUGAAUUCGGAAAAAUUGUAGAGAAUUAGAAGCGAAAAGAAUAGGGAGCGUCGUGCGGGUAGGAGGAAUUUGUUGGCAUUCCGCGACUCGUAUUGAAUUCUCACAUUGAAUCCUCCGUGCAUCGGUUCACAGUCACUAUUGUUAAGAUGCUUUUUAUAAAUAUAUAUUAUAUUAUUAUAGAUGAUUAUUAAUUAUGGUAGAAAAUACGCUGCUAGACGAGGCCGAAAGCUGAUUUACGUGUGAAACGUGAAAUUUAACAAAAAGCAACAGUAGUGAAAGAACAAAAAAGAAAUAUUCAGGGACUUGAUCUUUGUUGUCGAAAAAAAUUAAUAUUAUAUGUAUAUAUGCACAUACAUAUUUACAUAUAAUAUAAUUCGUGAAUAUGAAGAAGCCUGAACAAUCUGAGAUACAUAUAUUAAAUAAUAUGUACUAGACUUAAUAUCAUAAUAUAUAUGGAUAUAUGAGAGACCAGAAAGAAAUCUACUAUUCUAGCUCUGUUAAGAUAAAAAUGAUUUCUCUCUGGCGGUCCUCAUAUAUAUAUAUAUUACCAUGGAAAGAGGCUCGAUCCGAAGUUCCUCUGACGGGUGAAUUGGCGUUUUCGUGUAAAUAGUUCCAAAAAAAUGGAAGAUGAACAAAAGAAAAUAUUGUGUAUUUAGGUAGUCGCUAUAGUUCCACGAGUUUCGUUGAGUGAGAACCGUGAUGAUUAGUUUAGAUAGGUAUUAAUUACUCUAGAUAGGUACGGAUAACGAAAAAGGACGCCUGAGAGCCCAGCGAGAGUGGUAGCUCGCUGGUAUAUGGAUGGUUUUUUUUUUUGGUGUUUACAUGGGUGUAUGUAUUGGAGAAUGCGUGAAUGAACUCAACGGGAAUCGAAAAAUAAAGUCUAGUAGCUACGGGAUGAAUGUAUUGGUAUACAAGUUCCUCUGACAGUAAAAGUAGCGGGGAGGAGUGACAUCGGUUCGUCGAUCCUCUGUCGCUCUCUCGCUUACGCCGUUCGUCAGACUGUCGAUACAACAUUUUUCUGUUUGUUCUCUUCUUUUCGUAUACUUCCUUCUCUUUUCAUCACCAAUUUGGUGAGCUUUCUACUUUGAUUUCUACUUUCCUUAGUUUUUUAUUUAUGAAAAUUAUAUACACAAUC